AUGAAGAACUUAUCUCUGUGGGACGUAUCAGUAAAAGAUCUCAAUUUGCAUUCAGAAGGAAAAUUAAUCGUUUGCAGUGGUCAUAAUGAAGACAGUUCUUGUAACGAAUUAUUUGUUUGUACACAUAACCUUAGUGUGAUUAACUUCAAUGAGAAUGGAGAAUUAAAAUGGAGUAAAGAUUUAUCAGAAAUCGUAUCUCCAAAUAAUAAUCCUGUAAAUAUCACGUUACUUACUCUGACUAAUGCUUUGUGCGUGGGACUUGCAAAUGGAGAGCUUAUUUCCAUUUCUGAUGGAGGCAAAACCUGCGACCCGACGGGAACUUGCGACAAUGGAUUAUUGGCUAUGGAGUGGAGUCCUGAUCAGGAAUUAUUGGUGUUAGUUACAAAAGACAUGAACAUGAUUUUAAUGAACAUGUUUGAUCCCAUCAAUGAGGUGAAUUUAUUAAAAGAUGAUUUUGGAGAGAAAGAGUUUAUCACUGUAGGCUGGGGGAAAAAGGAGACACAGUUUCAUGGGUCAGCUGGUAAACAGGCAAGAGUGAAGAGUGAAGUUACUGCAGAUGAAACUUUACUGGAUGAGAGAGUUAUUAUAUCAUGGCGGGGUGAUGGUAACUUGUAUGCAGUUGGCUUCACUAUAGAUGGAAUCAGAAGAUUCAAGGUAUUUGAUAAAGAAGGACACUUACAAUAUACAAGUGAAAAACAGCAAGGCUUAGAAGCAAAUUUGUCAUGGAGGCCAAGUGGCAACCUCCUUGCUACCACACAGAAAUUGAACAACAAAUAUAUGGUCUCUUUCUUUGAAAAGAAUGGACUUAAACAUGGAGAGUUUGAUAUACCUGUCAAUUCUACCACAUCAAUAGAAGAUAUUGCUUGGAGUUAUGAUUCUGAAAUACUCACUCUACAGUGUAGAGACACAGAGACAAAUACACAGACUUUAUUACUCUAUACCACAGGGAAUUAUCACUGGUAUCUGAAGCAGACUUUAGAAUUCAAAAGUGACCAGAAAAUAAACAAAGUGAUGUGGGAUAAUGAUUUUGAUAUUGUAAAUAAUAAGAAACUACAUGUAUUUUUGCAAAAUGGGAAGCACCUCUCAUAUACUUGGAUAUGGAAUGUGGAUCACAGUAGAGGCAAUGGAGAUGAUGAUGAUGCUGUAGUUGGUGUUAUAGAUGGCAAGAAAGUUUUGCUCACUGGCUUCAGACAAACUGUAGUACCUCCUCCUAUGUGUUCAUCUGAAAUAAACCUAAAUGCAAAUGUCACUUCUAUUGUCUUUGCCCCACAAUGUACAGAAAUCAGUCCAAAUUCUUUCUUUGUUUACACCACAGAUAAUAAAUUAGUAUUUUACAAACACACAAAUAGAUUUCCACUUCAAUAUGAACUGUUCAAAACAGUUGAAGUUGAAAAGGUUGAAUAUGCUUUCCAAUGUUAUAACUGGUUUUGGGUGAAUGCUGACACAGUAAUUUGUGUCAUGGUAGAUGAUAAUACCUACAGCAUAGUUGAAUACAGAAUAGGAAUUGAUAAAAUUGAAAACAAAAAUUCUAGUUCAUUGCCUGCAUCUAUAACAAUGAUUCAAACACAUCCCAUAGAGAAUAAUUCAUUAUUUUUGCAACUACAGAAUGGAGAUAUAAUUCUUUAUAAUUUAGGAGGAGAUAUUGACAUUCAAGAUUUUUCUUUUGGUGUCUCAUGUCCUAAAUUUAAAGUGUUUUUAUUAAAAAAUGAUUUAUAUUUUAUAGGUCUGUCUCACAAAGGUCAGUUAUAUAUCAAUGACCAAAUGGUAAUGAACAAUGUCAGCUCAUACUAUUUACACACCCAUUUUCUUCUGCUCACUACCUUGCAACAUGUAUUACUUUGUGUAGAAUUAACAAAAGAUGGUAUUGAUGCCAUUUCUGAAUAUCAGAAAACCCAAUCCAAUAAUGUUUAUAAAAGAAAGAUAGAGAGGGGGGCAAAAUUAGUGAUUGCUGUACCUAAUGAUACAAGAACAGUGUUUCAACUACCUAGAGGAAAUCUAGAAACAAUUCAACCAAGACCUUUAUCACUUAAAAUUAUAGGAGAAUUUCUUGAUAAACUGCAAUAUCAUGAAGCAUUUGAUCUGAUGAGAAAACAGCGAAUCAAUUUAAAUCUCAUUUAUGAUCACAACCCACAAAAAUUCAUUAGCAAUAUUGACACUUUUUUGGAAUCGGUCAAAAAUAACUCAUGGUUGAAUCUCUUUUUAUCUGACUUAGAAAAUGUAGAUGUGACAAAAACAAUGUAUGCCAGUAGUUAUGUAGCAACAUCAGAAAUGCUUUUGCCAGUUGUGAAUUCUGAUUCUAAAAUUAAAACAAUAUGUACAAUCGUUAAGGAACAUUUAGAAAAGCGAUCAGAUAGAGAUACCAAGAUACUACCCAUACUAACCUCUUUUGUUAAAAAAAAUACAGUUGAAGAUUUGGAAAAGGCUCUCUUAAUUAUUAAGAAACUAAAGCUUCAAGAAUCAUCUGGUUCAAAGUUAGCUGUUGGUUCAGAUGAAGCAUUAAAGUAUUUGCUGUAUAUGGUUGAUGUGAACAAUCUCUUUGAUGUAGCACUUGGAAUGUAUGAUUUUGACUUAGUUCUUCUAAUUGCUAAUAAAUCACAGAAAGAUCCUAAGGAAUAUGUUCCAAUGCUGGACGAAUUAAAUGAAAUGGAAGAAAAUUACAAGAGGUUUACAAUCAACAAACAUUUAAAGAGGUUUGACAGGGCAGUCGAAAGUCUUGUUCUGUGUGGUCCUAGCAGACAUAAUGAACUUAAAACUUUCGUGAAAUAUCACAGCCUAUAUAGAGAAGCUUUGGCACUAUUUUCGCCAAGUGAUAAGAUAUUUAAAGAAAUAGCCGACGAUUUUGGUUCGUAUUUAAAACUAAAGAAACAGUAUACAGAAGCUGGUAUAAUAUAUGAAACAGCUAAUAAUGUAGAUAAGGCUAUUGAAUGUUACAAAGAUGCUUUGGAGUGGGAGCUGGCUGUGAGUUUGGCAAUCACAUGGCCAAAAGAACAAUUUAAGAAUUUAUGUUGGGAUUUAAUAGAAUUGUUAAAGGAAGAAAAACGCCACAAAGAAUGCCUUUCUAUCUUAGAGCAAUAUUAUGGUAAUCAUGAAGAAGUUAUUUCAUAUGCCACUGAGUUUGGACAGUAUAAGACGGCGCUCAGGGUAUGUUCUCAAUACAAAAGACCUGAUUUAAAAGAAAAGAAAGUACUACCAGCAUUACUAGAAGAUUAUGAUAACUUAAACGAAUUAAUAACAACCAAUUUGGCAACUUUUGUAAAGCAUCGAGAACGGUUACAAGUUGUAAGAUCUAAUAAAAUUAAAAACCCUGUUGACACAAUUGAUUUCUACACAAACAAAGACAGUGAUUUAUACUCUGAUGCAGGGAGUACACUAGCUUCCUCUUCAAGGGGAUCAAGCCGAUCAUUUCGCUCAAGUAAAAACAGAAGAAAACACGAACGUAAAGUUGCUUCGCUCAAAGAAGGUUCGCAAUAUGAAGAUGUUGCGCUGGUGAUGGCUCUGCACACUCUGGUCUGUUCUACAUUCGAUUUGAGGUUACUUGUGAAAGAGAUUGUCAUAGCUCUGACUUACUUUUACAAGGAUAAGGAAGCAUAUAUUUUGCAGACAUCAUUGGAGAAAACAUUAAAAGAAAUGAAGGACAGCUUCAAAGACAUCUGGACAAACGAAUUAGUAUUAGAAGCGACUAAUGCUAGCAUAGCUGCCCUGAAUGUUCCAGAGGGACAAAGUGUAAUACCACAGGGUAUUGCCACACUUGAACCACACAUCAGAAUAGCACCAGUGAUUGCAGAAGUCAGUUGGAAACUUGAGGGCCUUGAUUAA